UUACAUAAUUGUGCGUGUGUGUUACUAUUAACACAGCGCCGAGGGUUUGCACUUCAGUGCCUUUCAUAAUUAUUAUAGAGCAGAAUUGAGGGUUGCUUCAUGUGUUGCACUGCAGAAGUCUAAGCACAAUGAAUCGGUUCCGUGUUACUGGGCUCUACUCCUCUCUCUGUCCUGCUGUGGUUUGAUUGCUGUUGCUCAGACCCCACCAGUCUACCUCCACACAGUGUACGUGAACAAUACUAGCCCCAAUGCAAGUGACACAGUACAGUGUGGUAGCACCACUAGCUCUCCCUGCUCAAACUUGGAAUAUGUGCUAGAAAACAGAGUUGAAAGCUCAACCCAAGUAGUUAUUGCAAGUGGUGGAAGCUAUGCUCUAAACGAAAGUGUAACUCUCAGCAACAAAUCGUCAGUAGCUAUCAUAAGCUCUGACAAUGGCUCCUCUGGUGAAGAAAGAGUGACUGUGACAUGUACUCAGGGAGCUGGCUUAAGCUUUUGUCAACAGUUUCGAUGUACAACUGUACGGACUCAUACUACUACAAUGUUCAGCACUACAGGAGAGUACUAGUCGCAACUUCAGCUCGUCAGACUUUUCAUUCAUGAAGUUUCCUGUCGCCCUGUACUUUCUGUCCUGCCAGAAUAUCAACUUGACGAGGGUCACAAUCUCCGACAGUAGUGGAACCGGUCUAGCAGUGUAUGCAACAGGUGGGCAAAAUCACUUUCAGGAUUGUACUCUGACAAACAAUGGAUCACCUGACAACAAUACAUAUCCAAGUGGGGGUGGCAUGUACAUUGAGUUUCCGUUUUGUAGUCCUUACCACCCAGGAGAGUGCAAAAGUGACAAAGCCAGAAUAAGCAACGAUUUUGUUACUACCAGUGCCAGAUACAUUAUCACUAAGUGUGAGUUCAAAGGUAACACAGCUCACAUGUGGCAUCCCAUCAACUACCAAUACCUUCUACCCCAGCCCACAAACCAUCUCUCGUUUGGCAGUGGCGGAGGACUGAGUGUGAUUUUCAGUCGUGCCAACGACAGUGUUGCGACAGUGACUGAGUGCUUGUUCCAGAACAACAAGGCUGAAUGGGGCGGAGGGGCUGCCAUUGAAUUCCAAGGCAUGAGUUGGAACAAUACUUUCGUGAUGGAAUCCUGUAGAUUUCUCAAUAACACUGUACCUACCGAACCAUCCACAGCAAAAGUUAGGGGAGGCGGAGGCCUCAAGUUGACGUUCACGUCUGACUUUGACGACCUGAUGAUGGCCCACAACAACAUGUCUUUCAACAACUGCACUUUCAGAAACAACACGGGAUAUUGGGGUGGAGGAAUUCUUCUCAGAGCUGUCCGCGAACAGCAGCGAGCAAAACCAACAAACACCAUCGAGUUCUACAACUGUUCGUGGAUUGAGAACGUGGGGAGGGUUGGUAGUGCAAUGGACAUUGCAGUGUGGGGUCCUGCACUGGUAGGAGCUAGUCUCACUCCAAGAUUCACCGACUGCACAUUCAGGGGAAACAACGACAUCUUUAACUUU